CUCUGCCCCCAUCGAACUCUUGCCUCACCGUCUAAUUCUGCUGACGCCGCUGACUGUGCCCACCUGGGCAUUGUGCUGUCUUGCAAAUUCGUUCUGGAUGUGAGCUGCGGUGGACGGGGGACGGGGAGAUUGAGUUUGCGCGUACGGUGAACGUUUUCACUCGUACGCGUCUAGGAAGGAAAGAAGCAUCGCCGUGUGUUCAAGCAAUAUUCGUUGCCGUUCGAGAAAAUGCUUCCUGCCCUGGUCUUCUGAACAGGAGGCAUGCGCGCAUUUGGCAAGAUCCUCCCUCGUCGCCCGCUCGCCGUAGGCGCUCGAUCGAUGCAUAUAGACUCGAGCAGCGCGACCCCCCGGCAUUCUUCCCUCACCAUUAUCCGAGUGUUGGAUGUGCUUCCCCCGCAAACGCACCAAGAACCAGCUCUCCGACGACGACAGGACCCCAAACACGAGCAAGCCGGCCGAGAAGGAUAUAAAGCCCACCCAGUCCUCCACCGCUCCCACCCAAGCCCCCGCUUCCACCGCUACUGUCACUGAAACCAUGUCUUCCCCAAGAAUCGCCAUUGUCAUCUACUCCAUGUACGGCCACAUCGCCAAGGUGGCCGAGUCCGUGAAGAGUGGCGUCCAGUCGGCCGGCGGCUCUGCGACAAUCUACCAGGUUUCCGAGACCCUCUCGCAGGACAUCCUCGAGAAGAUGCACGCGCCCGCGAAGCCUGCCUACCCCAUCAUCGCGCCGACGGACCUCCCCAACUUUGACGGGUUCAUCUUCGGUGUCCCCACGCGGUACGGCAACAUGCCCGCCCAGUUCAAGGCGUUCUGGGAUGCGACGGGUGGGCUCUGGGCGUCGGGCGCGCUCGCGGGCAAGUACGCGUCCGUGUUCGUGUCUACUGGCACGCCAGGCGGAGGACAGGAGGUGACGGCGCUGAGCAUGCUAUCGACGUUCACCCACCAUGGCAUCAUCUUCGUCCCUCUCGGCUACAGCAAGACUUUUGCCCAGUUGUCCAACCUCGACGAGGUCCGCGGUGGCUCUCCAUGGGGCGCAGGCACCUUUGCCGGCGCGGACGGCUCUCGCCAGCCGACUGCGCUCGAGCUCGAGGUCGCCAAGAUCCAGGGUCAACACUUCUACAGCGUCCUGUCGAAGGUCAAGUUCUGAGCGGCGGGCGUGGACGUUGAAGGAUGCUCUUUGACACUACCUUGAGGGUUGUGCAGCCCUAUGUGUAUCGAUAAUUAUUGGCCCGACAUAUAUCCAUUUUCUUCUGCAUGAUCGUUGGUGGUGUAAGGGACAUGCGGGAUACUCUCUGCUCUGCCCUGCUGUAUUGCAUAACACUGCCUCGCCGUGCUGCGGCGCCAUCUACACAAUGACUGCGCAGGCCUGACAUGAUAAGAGCGGACUAGUUUAUAGCCAGUUACGUACGCGGGUAUAUCUAUUUAGCUACGACACGGAG